CGAUUUUUGAUCAAUAUUCAAUAGGUAUGUGCACGCAAGUAUGUAUUGCAACAGCAUUAUGCAAAUUCACAGAAGAAACUCACCUGAAAGAGAAGCUUGAAUUGACUAAUGGCAUCACAGCGAGAACUUUUUCAUGUUUCAGGACCUCUCCACCUGCUAAAUUCUUUCGAUUGGAGAAACACGUUUCAUCGAAGAUCCCUUGCUGCAAGCCUUGUUCAAGGGGGUUACAUUCUGGAAAGGGAUCGUCAACGUGGAAGCAUUCAACAGGAUGCUAAUGCACCUCCAUGGUGGGAACAAUUUCACUUUCAGUUGAAUCACGUUCUAGUAGACGAUAGUGAUUUAUCCUACUAUGGGGCAAUUUUCGAGCUCAAAUAUGCCCUUCCAUUCUUCUAUCAAUCAAAUCCUCACCCUCCGAGAUAUGUGAUAGCGUUUCGGGGAACAAUUACCAGAUCUGUAACAAGAUCUGACGAUAUGAAACUAAACAUCAAGUGUAUUUUUGAUAAACUCGAAGAAAGCUCACGAUUUCGUAAAGCUUUUGAAGCCGUUUGGAACACGGUAAUGGCGGUGGGGCCAACAAACGUCUGGUUAGCCGGACAUUCGUUAGGUGCGUCUAUGGCAUUGUUGGCAGGGAGGAACAUGGCGAAGUCUCGAUAUCAACUCGAAACUUAUCUCUUCAAUCCGCCCUUUAUCUCGGUUCCAAUCGAGAAGAUGAUAAAAAACCAAACGUUGAAACAUGGCGUCCGUAUCGCCGGUAGUCUAUUAACGGCCGGAAUUGCGACGGCGAUGAACCGUCACCGUAAAGAUCCAGAAGAAGAUCCGUUUGUUGUGUUGUCUGAAUGGACUCCGUAUAUGUUUGCGAAUCCAUCAGAUCCGAUCUGUGCGGAAUACAUUGGGUAUUUUGAACAUAGGGAGAAGAUGGAGAGGAUCGGAGUCGGAAAAAUCGAGAGGAUCGCGACGAGAUAUUCGAUCGGAAGUCUGGUUUCUGGUGCAAUGGGGAGGGAUUCGGAACCCUUACAUCUGCUACCGACGGCUUAUAUGACGGUGAAUAUUAGUCCAUCGGAGAAUUUCAAACAAGCUCAUGGAAUUCAUCAAUGGUGGCAACAACAUUUUCAAUGGCAAUCGAAGCUAUACAAAUUUAAGUAGCGAUUUCUUCAUCGCUCGAUUGCGAGAUCUAAAACGGAAUUAAUUGAUUUUUCCUUUGAGGGACUUGAAGUUUUUUCGACAAUUUAUGUGUUAUGUUUCUUCAAAUAUGACUGCUAAUAAAUGCCCUUUUGCAUGAAGGGUAAAACUGUAAAUCCAUGUGACAAAUUAAACAGAUCUGGUG